AUGAACAGCUUACUGGUUACCCUCACCCUCUUCCUCAUUGCUGCUAUGUUCUUAUCCCAAGCUCAGGCUAAGUCCCCCCCCACUAUCUGUUGUUUUGAGUACACACCCGGGCCUGUUCCACAGCACCUCCUGAAGUCCUAUGAGCAUACGAAUUCCAGGUGUUCCAGGCCAGCUAUCAUAUUUACCACAAAGAAGGACAGAAAGAUUUGUGCAGAUCCCAGUGUAGCAUGGGUCCAGGAUCGUAUAAGAGAGUUGUCUUAAAACUGACAACCUCCCACCUCCUUCAUAUUCUCCUGGAUAAUCCCCAAGAAGUCAAAGCUUUUAAAAUGCUUCAGAUGUAGAAAAAAAGAACACGUGUGACUCUUAUUCUGACCUUGCACACUCCUAACUUAAACAUCAUUCAUGGAAGAUGAAAUAUGAAUAAAUCUCAGGGUGAUGGAAUCC